AUGGCCGGAGGAGUCGAGCAGGGGCUUGAGGUGGCCUUCUACCUCUACCCUUGCGGGCUGUUCGCGACUUUGUUGGGGUCACAGUCCGUCCAGUACUACCGGGAGCGGCAUGGCAAACCGAGCCGCGACGCCUCGGCCGACGAGAAGCAGGCCGAAGCCACCCGACGCUUCUACGCCCGCCUCAUCUGGUGCUUCCAACUUGUGCUGUCUCUGUUGCUGCUGGCCAGUAUCGUGGUGGUCUUGCGCGAUGCUGUCGCCGGCCACGCUGGCGGCCCUCAAGCUGCCUUCCCCGACAGCGCAUACCUGGCAUCCUACGUCGGCGUGCUGCUGUACUUCCUAGCCGGCCUGCUGCCCGACCCGGAGGGCCCAUGGUCACCAGUCGCUGCUAACGGCCACGCCUGGGUCACCGCCGUGCUGCUGGAAGCCGUCAUCGCCGCCGUCCUCAAGACCCAGCAGCCUGCAAUUGGGCUCUCCCGCGAUGUCGUCGAUGCCUUGCUCAGCCUCGGGCUGGCCAGGCUUGUUGUGCUUGUGGUCAUGAUCGGCCUCAUGGCCCUCAGGCAGUACAAGCUAAGGCCGGCCGAGUCGCAGUCAGCCCCCGAAGAACGACAGUCGCUCCUCGGAAAUGGCCAAAAUGGCCAGGGCCCGGUGGCUGACUACGGUAGCGCACAUCCGCAUACGCCCGCCAUCAAACCUGCCUCUGGGAAGCCUCCAGGCGUUCAAGGGACGGGCUGGCUGGACUAUUUCGCGGGCUUCCGCGUCCUCUUCCCCUAUCUUUGGCCGAAGGACUCGCAUCUUUACCAGGCCAUCGUGGUCAUCUGCAUAAUACUUCUUGUCUGCCAGCGCGUCAUCAACGUCUUCGUCCCCGUUCAGCUUGGCUAUCUGGUCGAUGCCCUUGGAUAUGGCCGGAUUCCGUACAAGGAGAUCGCCCUUUACGUCAUCUACAGGGCUCUUCAGGGUAAUCAGGGAGCCAUUGGUGCUGCCCGCUCUGUUCUCUGGAUACCUGUGUCACAAUCUCUCUACCGACGGCUGUCCUGUGCUGCCUUCGAGCAUGUCCUUGGCCUCUCCCUGGAGUUCCACCUGAGCAAGAAGACUGGUGAGGUGACGAGCGCUCUCGCCCGCGGCGCUGCGAUGAACACGUUCCUCGAGAAUUUCCUAUUCCAGGUCUUCCCCAUGGUCUUUGACAUCUUCGUCGCUGGCCUCUUCUUCUUCGUGAAGUACGAUCCUUUCUACACCAUCAUCGUGUUCUUCAUCAUGUGGUCGUACAUAUUCCUCACGAUUUAUAUGGCCAAAUAUCGCUCGAGGCAAAGGAGAGACAUGGCGACCAAGAGCAGAGAGAUGGACGCUGUAAAGACGGAUGCCAUCAUGGCCUUCGAGACAGUGCAGCACAACUGUGCUGUCGUUCAGGAGACGAGUCGAUUUAGGACCCACGUGAUGAUUUACCAGAAAGCCGAACGCCUGGUACUUUGGUCCCUACAGGCGCUGAACCUCACCCAAAGCUCGAUAUUUUCUCUUGGGACGGCCUUGCUUGUUGCUGUUUCAGCAUACAAGAUUUCUAUCGGCGAACAAAAGGUCUCGGAAUUCGUUACUCUGAUCCUCUACUUUACACAGCUCCAGGGGCCCCUGAAUUUCUUUGGCACGUACUACACGAUGCUUCAGAACAACCUGAUUGAGGCAGAGAGGAUGCUCGAUCUCUUCAAGGAGACUUCUGGCGUUGAAGAGAAGCCUGAUGCAAUCAAGCUUCCAUCUGCAAUAGGCGAAGUAUCUUUCAACAAUGUCAAGUUCUCCUAUCAAGGCAAGACCAAAGAGCCAGCCCUUGACGGCGUCAGCUUCACUGUCGCACCGGGCACGAAGACGGCCAUCGUCGGAGAGUCCGGCAGCGGCAAGUCCACCUCCCUGAAGCUGCUUUUCCGCUUCUAUGAUGUUGAAGACGGCUCGAUCACCGUGGACGGGUACGAUCUCAGGGAUCUGAAGAUCGACAGCCUCCGAAGGAACAUUGGGGUCGUGCCACAGGACACGGUGUUGUUCAAUGCCACCAUCAUGUACAACCUGCUGUACGCCAAUCCCAACGCCUCCCAGGCGGACGUCUACGAGGCCUGCAAGGCGGCAAAUAUCCACGACCGCAUCCUUGCCUUCCCAGAUCAGUACGAGACAAAGGUUGGAGAGCGCGGGUUGAAAUUGUCUGGUGGUGAACGCCAGAGGAUUGCCAUCGCACGAGCAAUCCUGAAAGACGCCCGUAUCUUGCUCCUAGACGAGGCCACCGCCUCUCUCGACACUCACACCGAGAGGCUGAUCCAGGAUGCUCUGGAACGUGUCACGGCCGGACGAACAACAAUUACGAUUGCCCACCGCCUCUCCACCAUCACCACGUCCGACCAGAUCGUGGUGCUCCACAAGGGCAAGAUCGUCGAGCGCGGCAGCCACCAUGAGCUCUUGGACCUUGGUGGUCGAUACCAUGCAAUGUGGAAGAAGCAGACUACCAUCGAGAAGAGGGACCAGGAGAAAGAAAAGCUGGGCGAAGCAGCUGAAGCGGAGCUCCAGGAAUAA